CACCCUGUAACUAAGUGGCUGAUCAGUCCUGGACCAUGAAGCUUAGAGUGGCGUUGUUCUUCGCAGGGCUCUUUGGGGCGUUGGCAGCUGUGUUCAUCCUUCUCUCUUUUGGAACCGAUUACUGGCUGCUGGUUUCAGAGAGCUGCCAGUUAAGGCCUAAUGGAUCUGCUGGCCCAGGCGGAGUGACCAUAAAGCCUGGAGAUGUGGUGCUGGAGGGCAAGGGCAGUAGUGAUGUCACUCUAUACCAUGAGGGUUUUUUCUGGAGGUGUUCCUUUAAAGGUGACAUGGAGGAUGACGACCUGCUGAAGAGACUCUGGUUCACCAAUCAGCCUGACUCAAAAGUAUGUAUGCCUGCCUACCUUUUCCCAUUCCCUGUGUCUCGUCAGACCCACAAUGCCACCGAGUAUGAGUCUUCCAUAACUUACAGAGGUUUCUGGAGCGUGUUUAUGCUCAUUGCUGUGGCAGCUGUGGUGAUUGGCGGCUUCAUCAUCAUCUGCGCUGCUCCGUUUGCCGGCCACCGCUUGUAUAAAGCAGGGGGUGGCCUCUUUCUGAUAGCUGGUUUUUUCCUGCUGUGUGUGGUGGUGAUGUACGUACUGUGGAUGCAGGUGUUGGAUGUGAUAGACCUUUACAUAGACCACCAGCGUGCUCUGUGUUCAGACUUCCAUCUGACCUUCAGCUACGGUCUCUCCUUCAUGUUUGCCCCAAUCGGCAUCUUCUUCUGCCUCCUGGCUGGCCUUCUUUUCCUCCUCAUCGGCCGAACCAUCCAGAUUCACUCCCAGUGACUUACCAGCAGUAGAAGAAGAGCCCGAAUGUCGGGAUUGUAUGAGGGUUUUAUACUGACACAUUUAGAUGUUUUUCUCAGUCUUUCUGUCGUGUAAAAGCAGGAAUCGGUUUGGCAAUUAUGUGGCACAUGCUUGAAUAUUUUCAGCUGUUGUUGAGCUCACCGUGCUCACUCAAACCUGAGUCAUUUUCAGCUCAGCUAAGAUAGCACCGAGACUCCGGAGGACCCAAAACAUUUAAAAUGAAAAAUAAAUAAGAAAUUAAAAAAAUGCACAAAAAUGAAUAUUCAAAAUAAACCGAGGCACUUAUUUCUGAAAUGUGCCAUAAAUUAAUAUUUCUGCUGGUCUUCUAUUUAUUUACCCUUCUGUUAAUUUGUCUGCUUUCAUAUUUAUUACUUAUUUAAUUUCUCUUGUAUUUAUCAUAUUUAUUAAUAAUGAAUAUAAAAGAUUUUAAAUGUAUAUAUUAAUUAAUUUAAUUAUCCCCUAGUUUUUUCCCUGAAACUUCCCCCAAAUUCACAUUUUCUUUAUCAAAGAAAAAAAUAAAUACAGAAGCAAAUGAAAAUAGAAAUAUCAGUGUGUUGGGUGUUUUAUAAAUUGAUCCGUGCCUGUGUUUAUUUUGAUGUAAUUCUUAAUGCAUUUAAUGGAACAUUAAUGCAUUUAUGACAACAUUUAAUUAUGCUUUUAUUUAUUUUUUUAUUCUUGAAGUUUUGGUCCUCUGCUGUAUGAAACAUUCACAAGAACAAUGAUUAUGCUGAAGUAUCUGUGGAGCACAGCUUUAUUAGAAUCUCGUGUGUCUGUGAUAUUUGAGGUAUUUUCUGAGUAUUUUCAUGAAAUUCAGUCACCAGCAGUGAUAUGUUAGUAUGGAAGAGUACUGUAUGCUUGGAAAUAUUAAAGGAUUGUGUAUGGGUUGAAAAUGUAAUUAAAAAAAUAUAAAAGAGUUUGUAAAAUUAUCUAUAAAAAGCUUCUAAGGUGGCAUCAUGAUCUCUGUGUAUAGUAAUGGGAAUCAGUACUGGGAAAUAACUUCUGUCAGCUCAUUGCUUUAAAGGUUAAAGAUGGUAAUUCUUGAUAUUUGUUAUCCUCCAUUAAACCCAUGUAAACACCAAAACCAUCAGUAUUUUCUCAAACUGCCAUUCUCUGACUGUAACCUGACUGUAAGGACAAUCCAAAUAUGAAAAAAACAAGUUUAAUUGAUCCUUAAUUAUUCCAGUGUUUUUAUUUUUUAAUCAAAUAUGACUCGAAGAAAAAAAAGUUGAAUUUUAUUCUGUUCAGAGCUGAAUAUUAAUACACUGGUGAGUAUUUACACAAGCAGGUCAGCAGAUGUGCAUCAACUCAAAUGAACCGUAACCACGUCAGUGCAAAAGGUAUCCCUAAUUUCUGUGUUUUAAAUCAUUUCUGGAUAACAGUGGAGCUCAUGGUACAGAUUCAUAAGCUACAGAGCCUCAGAUUGUGGGUGAACAUUUUUAUUGUUGGUUUUGGUGCUUUUUGAUCAUCAGGUGAUUGCAGGAUAAUAUUAAUGCAUCUCAUUAUGUUAUCAGAUAUUUAUUUGUCACUGUGUGUCAACAUUUGCUUAUUUGUCACCUAAAAGUGUGCAUUUUAACUUUGACCACAUUAUUGGCUCGGCACAGGCAACAGUUUUAUGUUAACGCUGUUCACAGUUCCCUUUCUUUUUCAGUUGUUUUGAGUGCGUUGUGAGAUAUAACGUCAUGUCUGUCAAAUAUAUGUACAUAUAUAUAUAUUUUCUGUGAUCUGCUUUUGCUGCCAAUUAAAAUCGUUUUGCCAUUGUUACAGAGCAAUGUUGAUUGUGCACUGUGUCAGAUGCAUGUAAAUAAAACUAAUAAUAAAACAGUCCUUCUUUAUAAUAAAAGAAAAAUGGGAGAAAAAAGGAAAGAAUUUUAAUUUGCAAAAAUAAUCAGUUUAUUUCCCGUGCAUGAGGAGGCAGAAAUUGUAAAAAUGUGUAAAAUAGGACCGAUGUAGCACAACUUACAGAGCAUGUGACACCAGUGGCAUGAAUAAGCUAUGAAACUAACAACAAUAAUCAAACAGGAUUCACUGAUUCUUUAAGCAUCUCUUAAGCGCUGCACUAAAACCAUAAAUAUAUGUAUAUAUAUGAACUAAAUGACCACAAGAUGGCACUGCUGCCUCACUUGAAUCACACACCAACCUCCACCUUGAGAGACAGAAAUCCCAUUUUGCUUAUCUUGACUCUAUGUGGAGUGUAUGUGGCGUUAUGCAUUUAAUCACAACUUCAGAGGCAGAAUCUGUAGAUGAAAGAAUUCACACCUUGGCUGACAGACGGAUGGUAAUUUCACUCAUGAAUGGAGCAUUUGAUCAGGAUCUGAAUGGACUCCUGUGUUGAUUCUCGUGUGUCUGCAUCAACUCUGCACCUUUCGAGACUUAUAAUGUACUUAUCAUACAUAGGAAAAUGCAUCUGCGCUUUGCCUCAGAAUGCAGGAGAGAGUGACACAAUGUAAGGCAUUGAUUAUUUGCGAGACUGACUUGGGCUUCACAGAAGGCUCUAAUGAUGGAGUUUCACACUUCCAAAUUCCUGAAAUUUCAAAUGACUACCACCACACAGAGUCCAUCAAAUUCGGCUCAGAUUUAUGAGAAGCUGCACUGAGGGAAAGCCCCCCUGCAGGUCACGAAAGGAGGCCCAGCAUUGGUGGGCAAAUGCUAAUAAAUUAUGAGAUAAGAUCACAGGAUUUGUCCUGUUUGAGGUUGCAGCAGUCUUUUCAGCCAAGUCUCCCCUAAGAAAGACAUUUCUUAUCUGGUGGACUUCCUGGUUUAAAUGAAAUCCUAAUAAGAUUUAAAAAAAAAAGAAACUUUAAUCAUUUCUCUAUCCAUAUCCAGGCGAGAGUGUGUGACGAAGAGAGAGAGAGGGAGGUGUAAUGCAGGUGUGGAGCAGGCUACCUCCAGCAGUAGCAGGGCCUUGCAGUCAGUAAUGUCAUCAGAGUGGGAGUCCCAGCUGAAUUCAGCGCUGUUCUGCAUGAUUGCCCAUGAUAAUUGUGUGUUGAUAGGGAGCGCCGGAGAUGGAGUAUAAUUUCCACCGAGAGAUUCCUAAACAAAUACCUGUGCUCAGCAGAGGGAUGGAGUGCAGCAGGAGGUGAGGAGGAGAAUAGUGGAUGAGGGGAGAUAGAGGAUGAGAGGGUAACACUUUCAGAGAAGGGGGAGGAAGAGGAGGAGGAAGCAGUCAUGCUGGAAGGGGUGGACAAAGUCCCUGGUUUUUUAGGCAAGGCCAGAGAAUAUGCUUUAAACUUUAAAAAAAAUUAGACCCAAAUCUGUGAAUUCCUGACAGAACAGAACAGAAAAGCACAAA